GACUAGUCAGCUCUCAUCGCCGCAAAGCGUGCCUCGAUCUGUCUCACCUUCAGCUGGCCGAUACCCUCGACUGGAAUACCCGACUGACAUUCAAAACAAGAAAUAUUUUAAAAAUCAUUCACGAGAAAAGGCUCCGUUGCCAACGAAAUUAUAACAGAAGAAAACAUAAUUGACUUAACUCGGUUAUCAUCAGAAUUACUUAAUUCUGAUAUUACUGGUGUAGCCUAUUUGUUCAGUUAGAUAUCCAACAAAGAUUAUUUUCUUUUCCGCAUUAAUGUUCAUGCCGAUUUUCGCUUAAUCUUAUCUUUCCACAGGUGAAUUCUACACUUGUGUUCGCUCAUUGCGGUAAGCAGUAGCCUACGCUAAGCGAAAUAUAUUUAUCAUUCAUUCAGCAUAUCUCUGAAAAAAAGAAACGUCAGAAAAAACAAGCAUUGCAUCUCUCGGAUUAGAAUAUUCGAGAAAAAGUGAACGUCGCGUCUAAUUAAAUAGUAAAUAUAUAGUGAAUUUCUCUGUUUAUCUGAAGCGCGUCCUAAAAAUUUCCACAAUGGCCGAUGCGACAGCAGAAUGCAACAUCAAGGUGCUCUGCCGUUUUCGUCCGCUGAAUCAAUCGGAAAUCGUACGAGGGGACAAGUUUCUUCCCAAAUUUCAAGCAGACGACACAGUCAUCAUUGGGGGGAAGUCGUAUGUUUUUGAUCGAGUCUUCCCUACCAACACCACCCAGGAGCAGGUCUACAACACCUGUGCCAAGCAGAUUGUGAAAGAUGUGCUGGGAGGGUAUAAUGGCACUAUCUUUGCCUAUGGGCAGACCUCCUCAGGAAAGACCCACACCAUGGAGGGGAAGCUGCACGAUAGACAUGGGAUGGGUAUCAUCCCCAGGAUUGCUGAGGACAUCUUUAACCAUAUCUUUGCCAUGGACGAGAACCUGGAGUUCCACAUCAAGGUGUCCUAUUUUGAGAUCUAUAUGGAUAAAAUCCGUGACCUUUUGGAUGUGACUAAGACCAACCUGGCUGUUCAUGAGGAUAAGAACAGGGUCCCUUAUGUCAAGGGCUGCACUGAGCGCUUCGUCUCCAGCCCUGAGGAAGUGAUGGAUGUGAUUGACGAGGGCAAAGCCAAUCGGCACGUUGCUGUCACCAACAUGAACGAGCACAGCAGCCGCAGCCACAGCAUCUUCCUGAUCAACAUCAAGCAGGAGCACGUGGAGACCGAGCAGAAGCUCAGCGGGAAGCUCUACCUGGUGGACCUGGCCGGGAGCGAGAAGGUCAGUAAGACUGGCGCUGAGGGAGCUGUCCUGGAUGAAGCCAAGAACAUUAACAAGUCCCUGUCCUCGCUGGGCAAUGUCAUCUCAGCCCUGGCUGAAGGAACGAAAACCCACGUGCCGUACCGGGACAGCAAGAUGACCCGAAUCCUGCAGGACUCGCUGGGGGGGAACUGCCGCACCACCAUGUUCAUCUGCUGCUCCCCCUCCAGCUACAACGACGCCGAGACCAAGAGCACCCUGAUGUUUGGACAACGUGCUAAGACCAUCAGGAACACCGCCUCUGUGAACCUGGAGCUGACGGCUGAGCAGUGGAAGAAGAAGUACGAGAAGGAGAAGGAGAAGAACAAGACCCUGAAGGAGACCAUCCAGCGGCUGGAGGCGGAGCUCAACCGCUGGCGUAAUGGAGAGAAUGUUCCGGAGACGGAGCAGCUGAGCCCGGGAGCCAUUAAGCUGGAGCCCAGCGAUGAGCCGCCGCUGGAUAACAGCUCCUCCAUCGUGGUGAGGAUCUCUGAGGAGGAGCGCCACAAGUACGAGGAGGAGAUCCGCAAGCUGUACAAGCAGCUGGACGACAAGGAUGAUGAGAUUAACCAGCAGAGCCAGCUUGUUGAGAAGCUGAAGGAGCAGAUGCUGGACCAAGAUGAGCUCCUGGCCUCCACCCGUGGGGACAGUGAGAAGGUGCAGACGGAGCUGGGCCGGCUGCAGAUGGAGAGCGACUGCGCCAAGGCGGAGGUGAAGGAGGUGCUGCAGGCCCUGGAGGAGCUGGCCGUCAACUACGACCAGAAGAGCCAGGAGGUGGAGGACAAGAGUCUGCAGAACAAGCUGCUGGCCGAGGAGCUGGCCCAGAAAAUGUCCCACCUGAUGGCGAUCGAGUCGGAGCUGUCCCGCAUCCAGGAAGUGAGCGGCCACCAGAGGAAGCGCAUCGCCGAGGUGCUCAACGGCCUGAUGCGCGACCUCAGCGAGUUCAGCGCCAUCGUGGGGAACGGCGAGAUCAAGCUGGUGAGGCGCCGCGCCGCGAGGGCUGCAUGGGAGCCGGGCACACGCUGGCCUCAAAUGCCCGUGGAGAUCCGCGGUCUCUGCAUCUCAUCCUGUGGCCGGUCGGAGGUGAAGUCCAUGGUGAAGCGCUGCAGGCAGCUGGAGAGCCUGCAGCUGGAGUGCCAUCGCAAGAUGGAGGAGACCGGCCGCGAGCUGUCCUCCUGCCACCUGCUCAUCUCACAGCAUGAGGCGAAGAUCCGUUCGCUGACGGAGUACAUGCAGAAUGUGGAGCUGAAGAAGAGGCAGCUGGAGGAUAACUAUGAUUCUCUGAGUGAGGAGCUCGCCAAACUGCAGGCCCAAGAAACCGUGCAGGAGGUGUCCAAGAAGGAGAGGCAGAAGGACAUCGAGGAAUCAGGCGAUGUCAAGGUAACCAUGGAUACUGUCCAGAAAGCUUUUCUCCUGAUCUCUCUCUGUUUCAGAUUUCUCCAUGAGCGUCACGAGCAGUCCAAGCAGGAUCUUAAAGGGCUGGAGGAGACCGUGGCCCGGGAACUCCAGACCCUCCACAACCUGCGCAAGCUUUUUGUUCAAGACCUUACAACUCGAGUCAAAAGAAGUUCAGAGAUGGAGCCUGAUGAUAGUGGGGGGUAUACCACACAAAAACAGAAGAUUUCCUUUCUUGAGAACAACCUGGACCAGCUUACAAAAGUUCACAAACAGCUGGUACGUGACAAUGCAGAUCUGCGUUGUGAGCUUCCUAAACUGGAGAAACGUCUUCGGUCUACGGCUGAGAGGGUUAAGGCCCUGGAGGGCGCACUGAAGGAGGCCAAGGAGGGCGCCAUGAAGGACCGGCGGCGCUACCAGCAGGAGGUGGAGCGCAUCAAGGAUGUCAUGCGGUCCAAGAACCCACUGCGACGCCCCCACGCUGCGCAGAUCGCGAAGCCAAUCAGGCCUGGACACUACCCAGCCUGCUCCCCCACCAACCCCCUGUUCACCCGCCCCAGCGAUCAGCCAAUCACCUUCAGCAACGCGCUGUUCCACGGCCCCGCCCAGCCCGCCGCUCCUGCCCUUCCCUCUGCCCCUAGCGCGCCUGCCCACGCCCCCAGCCCCGCCCCCAGCAGCACGCUUCCAGCUGAUGUCAGCAACAGCACGGUGAAAUCUACAGAACCCCUGGACUCCUACCAGCUUAAUGUGGACAAUGGAAACGCCACAGACAUCAAUGAUAACAGAAGCGAUGUGCACUGCAGCAGUGCAGCAGAGGACCCGGCUAAGCUCUACGUCAUCCAGCAGGAGACCGCAGCCAGCUAGUGGAACAGUGAACAGUUCUUCCAAAGCCUUUCCUGUACAUCCGCAUGCUGCCCGUCAGCUUCUCCCUGAUCCCUUCAUCCUCUCCUCCUUCAGUUCCUCCACCUCUCCCUCCUUCCUGCUGCCCAUAGCCUCUCUCUCUCUCCCUCUUUCCCUCUGUUAUCUGUAGGUACAGUGAAAAAACGUCUGCAUAGAAACCAUGGCAACAUGCUGUAGCUCAGCUCUGAAGACCAGCAGUCUGCUUGCCCUUUGACCUUCUCGGGGGGGGGGGGGUUGUUGGGGGGGUGCAGUGUCAAUGUAUGCUGCUCCUCUCUUUCUUGAAAAUGCAGCAAAGCAAACUCUUUUUGUGAAGUUGAUUUUAGAAGACCCCCCCCCCUCAAAAUUCCUGUAAGUUUGGCUUUGCAUUCACCUCAAUGUUGUAGGAUUCUGGUUAUGGGGGGGGGCUUAGUUUGGGGUAUCUGUGCUCUACCUUUUGGGUGUGGGAAGAUUUUUAACAUGGAAAUAAUAAUUAUUUAAAUGAAACGACAUCACAGACCUAAUGGAAGAAAUGUGUCUCUCUGGAUGAGUACCAAUAGCAGGGAGAUCUGUGUGAGCAGGUCUCUCUAUAGUCUCUCUAUAAUGGUAAUCUCUCUAUAAUGGUAAUCUGUCUAUAAUGUUAAUCUCUCUGUAAUGUUAUUCUAUUUAUAAUGUUUUUAUGGGAAAGUCCAACAGCAGAAUUUACCGUGACCACGGCUCCCAGUUCACACCAAACCCAAAGCUGUCCCCCCCCCCCCACCCCCCGUCCUGUGCUGUGGCUUAGCCUCUGUACAACCGUACUCUCUUGCAUCGUGCACACACACAAACACACACAUAUACUCACACAUACAUGCCACACACACACGCACACAUGCACACACGUGCGUACCCAAGCGCACACACACAUACACUCACACACACACAAGCGCGCACACACAUACACACACACACAAACACACACAUACGCACACAUACAUGCCACACACACACACACACACACACAGACAUUUGUGUGUAACACCCUACAGAGCUCAGCCAAGCCUUAAUCAAUGACAGCUAUUGACAUUCUAGCGUUUCAGUUAUACGGAACAAGGCUAUGCAUACCUAAUCAUGUAUGUGUAUGUGCGUUCUCCCUUGAUAAACUGGCGUCAGUGCUGUUUUUGACUGCGUCCAGGUCAGAAAGCGCACGUGCUUUUGACGCAGUCCAGCUGAUAGGGGUACUUCAGGACCGCGACGGGAACGCCUAACGCAUCGAUGAGCGCUUUAAUGACCUCACAUCUGCUCAUUCGCUGGUGCGCUGGGGUUGCAGUCGCUGUCAUGGAGUCGGGGGGGCGGGGUUAGGCCUCCGCACGCUGACGAGGCGGGGGGGGGGGCGGGGUUAGGCCUCAGCACGCUGACACGCAGAAGCAAAGCGCAUCCUGAGGUCAUCACACCGCUUGUCUUCUCUGGGCUUUUUGGCCUCUAAAGGCCUCCGUAUUCAGCGAUGCUUCACGUGAUUCAUGGGUAGAAGCAGGCCUGGCAGGAACAUUAGCUGUUAGUAGUGAAUUCAAAUGACUGAGCUGUAUAAGAACCAUUAUAGGGAGACGUUUUUUUUGUAUACAUAUAUACAUAUAAAUAUAUAUAUAAUUUUCUGAACUGUAACAUAUUGUCUAUUUCACUUUGGCUGGAUGUUUCUGUACUGAUUAAUAGCAUUCCCCUGAAAUGUAUCUGUUGUAGUCUUCCCCUGCUUGUCAGUUAUUGAUGUAAACAGGAGAGAUGGGAAAAAAGAAAAAAAAAUCAUUUUACAGUAACUCUGUAGCAACUAUUUUUAUACACCACUAUAUUUGAACAUUAAUUUAUGAAGUUUACAUAUCCUAUUCUUUGCUCUAUUUAAAUAUGCAUUAAGUUGAUGAUUACUGUGGAAUGUAAUGUCUGUAAAAGUUUAUUUUCUUUUCAAAAUGGUGUUUUUAUUUAUUUAUUUAUUUAUUUAUUUAUUUAUUUAUUUAUUUAUUUAUUCAUUUAUUCAUUUAUUUAUUGUUGAUAGUACUGCUGAAUGCUAAGAAAUCAAUCUUGUAGUAAGACAAGUCCCCUAUACAGAAAGGAAAUGAUUAAUUGCACGAUCUCAUUAACUGAUAUACAGUUACCAUCUCUGUAUGUGUGUGUGUGUGUGCGUGUAUGCGUGCACGUGUGAGCACUAUGUUUGCGUGUUUGUGUUUGCAGAAUAGCUAUUCCAUUUGCAAGGCUAAAGCAAGAUGAGUGGGAUGCUAAACUAGCCGCUUUGUCCUUUUAGCAAAUGGCUGGACUACUCAGAGACAAAUAAGGGAUAGGACAGCUGUGACAUCACCUUACAGAUAAAAA